AUGGACGUGGAGAACAGAACAAAUCGUGGCUUGCAUACUUUUAAUGAAGAAGAUGAGGGAGGAGGAGAUAUUGAAAAUGAUGCCAAAGAACUACCUCUUCUGGGGAAAAGGAGGAACACUACAUCCCAGAUUGCCAUUGUUGGUGCCAACGUUUGUCCUAUUGAGAGCCUUGACUAUGAGAUUGCUGAAAAUGAAUUAUUUAAACAAGACUGGAGAUCAAGGAAUAAAGUUCAGAUAUUUCAGUAUAUCGUACUCAAGUGGGCAUUUGCACUUAUUAUUGGCCUACUCACAGGACUUGUUGGCGUUUUCAGUAAUAUUGCGGUUGAGAACAUAUCUGGUUUCCAGAUGCUGUUGAUCUAUGACCUCAUGAGAAAGCAUCAAUAUUACACGGCUUUUGCAGUAUAUGCUGGUUGCAACAUAGUAUUGGCAGCUGCAGCAGCAGCUCUAUGCGCUUUCAUUGCUCCAGAAGCAGCAGGUUCUGGUAUUCCUGAGGUGAAAGCCUAUCUUAAUGGCAUUGAUGCACAUUCUAUACUGGCUCCUAGCACCCUUUUUGUAAAGAUUUUUGGUUCUAUUCUUGGUGUUUCUGCUGGAUUUGUUGUGGGUAAAGAAGGGCCUAUGGUUCACACUGGGGGUUCUCGCAAAUACCAUUUGACUUGGACAUGGCUCAGAUAUUUCAAAAAUGAUCGUGACAGGCGAGAUUUGAUCACUUGUGGAGCUGCUGCUGGUGUGGCUGCUGCUUUUCGUGCUCCAGUUGGAGGCGUUCUCUUUGCUCUUGAAGAAGUAGCUUCAUGGUGGCGGAGUGCUCUUCUUUGGAGAACUUUUUUCACUACAGCAGUGGUUGCUAUGGUCUUGAGAGCUUUCAUGGAAUUUUGCGCUACCGGAAAGUGUGGGCUGUUCGGGCAAGGAGGUCUGAUAAUGUAUGAUGUGAGUUCAGAAAAGGUGCAAUAUAGUGGCCCAGAGGUAUUAGCUGUGAUAAUCCUAGGCAUUAUCGGGGGCAUUUUUGGAGCCUUGUAUAACUAUCUUGUGGACAAGGUUCUCCGUACUUACAGCAUCAUUAACGGGUAUGUUACUUGCAUCCCCUGCCCCACUGAUAUAGCAGUGAGUUGUCCCAACACUGAUGAAACUGGAAACUACAAAAGCUUCCAGUGUCCACCUGGUUACUACAAUGACAUUGCCUCCCUUUUCCUAAGCACUAAUGAUGAUGCUAUUCGCAACCUCUUUAGCGCCAGCAUUGAAAAAGAAUUUCGUAUAUCCACUCUCGCCCUCUUUUUCUCUGCUGUUUAUUGUCUUGGCAUUAUUACAUAUGGAAUUGCUAUCCCAUCUGGACUUUUCAUCCCUGUUAUAUUAGCUGGAGCUGGCUAUGGCCGUCUUCUUGGGAGACUAUUUAGACCCAUCUCGAAACUUGACACCGGUCUCUUUGCCCUCCUUGGAGCUGCAUCCUUCCUUGGUGGUACAAUGAGAAUGACAGUUUCCAUGUGUGUAAUACUGCUUGAACUUACAAAUGAUUUAUUGUUACUUCCCCUUGUUAUGUUGGUUCUCCUUAUCUCAAAAACUGUGGCUGAUAACUUCAACAAGGGUGUCUAUGACCAAAUUGUGAAGUUGAAAGGAUUGCCUUAUAUGGAGGCCCAUGCAGAACCUUACAUGAGGACUUUGGUUGCACGUGAUGUUAUCUCUGGUCCACUGGUAACUUUUCUCGGUAUUGAAAAGGUGGGCAAUAUACUGCAUGCUUUGAGGACAACUGGACAUAAUGGGUUCCCAGUGAUUGAUGAACCACCUUUCUCAGAUGCGCCAGAACUGUGCGGCCUUGUUUUGAGAUCUCAUUUGCUUGUUUUGCUCAAAGGCAAAAUUUUUUCAAAGGAAAGGGUACCUGCUGGUCAAGAGAUCUUGCGUAGAUUUGCAGUAUUUGAUUUUGCUAAAGCAGGAUCUGGAAAGGGUGUCAAGCUAGAGGAUCUGGACAUUGAAGAGGAAGAGAUGGAAAUGUAUGUAGAUCUUCAUCCCAUUACUAAUGCAUCCCCAUACACAGUGGUUGAGACAAUGUCACUUGCCAAAGCUGCAAUUCUCUUUAGACAACUUGGUCUCAGGCACAUGUGUGUAGUGCCAAAAAGUCUAGGGGUAAGACACACUCUUUCUCAAUUGCCUUCUUCCUUGUUUGAUGUGUGUGGAUAG